UCCACUCUCACGUUGCGUAAACCCACCGAUCUGAUGCUCCACAGAGGCACCAUCCAGUCCAUCUGAGGUGGAAAAGAUUUGAAUCACAGAUACCGCUAGAGCCUGCUUGAAAAAUGGCCUCCAGGUAAGAGUUGCGAUGAUCCAGACCCGACCCACAGCAGAGAUGAAUGUGUCUGAUGAAUCCUCCUACCAAGAGGAGGUGCUGCUGGGUAACUCUACCUGGGGCUACUCCUAUUAUCAUCAAAACUACACCCUGAUCCCUCCACUAUCAGAGAAGGCUAGCACCUCCAAACCUGCAGCAUGCGAGCAGGUCCACAUCGCUAUCGAGGUCUUUCUGAUCCUGGGUAUCAUCUCACUGCUGGAGAACAUUUUAGUCAUCACAGCCAUAGUGAAGAACAAGAACCUACAUUCCCCCAUGUACUUCUUUGUCUGCAGUUUGGCAGUAGCAGACAUGCUGGUGAGUGUGUCCAACGCCUGGGAGACCAUCAUCAUUUAUCUUCUCAACAACAGGCAGCUGGUGGUGGAGGAUCACUUUAUCAGGCAGAUGGACAACAUGGUGGACUCCAUGAUCUGCAUCUCUGUCGUUGCAUCCAUGUGUAGCCUGCUGGCCAUUGCUGUGGACAGGUACGUCACCAUCUUCUAUGCACUGAGGUACCACAACAUCAUGACGGUGAGGAGAGCUGGCUGUAUCAUCGGGGGAAUCUGGACCUUCUGCACUGGCUGCGGAAUUGUCUUCAUUAUCUACUCAGACUCCACUCCUGUGAUCAUCUGCCUGAUCUCUAUGUUUUUUGCCAUGCUGCUCAUCAUGGCCUCCCUCUAUAGUCACAUGUUCAUGCUCGCUCGCUCGCACGUGAAGCGCAUUGCUGCCCUGCCCGGCUACAACUCCAUCCAUCAGCGCACCAGCAUGAAGGGGGCUAUCACACUGACCAUCCUUCUGGGGAUCUUUAUCGUCUGCUGGGCUCCUUUCUUUCUCCACCUCAUCCUGAUGAUCUCUUGCCCACGGAAUCUCUACUGCGUGUGCUUCAUGUCCCACUUCAACAUGUACCUCAUCCUCAUCAUGUGCAACUCAGUGAUUGACCCACUGAUCUAUGCCUUCAGGAGUCAGGAGAUGAGGAAGACGUUUAAGGAGAUCAUCUGCUGUUACAGUCUGAGAAACGUCUGCACGAACAUCUGUGCUUUGACUGGUAAGUACUGAGAAAUAGAAAAGACCAGUGAAAGGAUGGGUAAAGUGAACUGACCGAAUAUGACGCUGGAAUAGAAAUACUACUACCCAAGGACUGGUUCACUGCACUUUUCAGACAGUACAGUGUACCGUCACACAAGCAACUAUUGAAAAGUAUAAGCUGGAAAGGAGACUGGAACAUUGAGUUAUCUCCUAAUGCAUCCACCAUGUACACAAAAAGUUUACUAGAUGCAUUAUUUUAAGGCUUAGUUAGGAUCAUCUAAAGUCCAAGCCCAUGAUUCAUAUUAACGUGCGUCACACAAAACUGUUUGUGGCCUGCUUUUCAUUCUCCCUGACAUUUCUUUUAUCUUUUUUCCUUUGGCCUUUCUUUUUUAAUAGGCAAGAUUUUUAUUCUCUGUUCCCAGAAUAUGUCUGAUGCAGUAGCCAAAUGGAUAGACAGGAUAUUUUUCUUUCAGUGCUGCAAGAGUGCUCAUAUACUGGCUUUAAAUUACAGAACUGCUGCCAAAUGUACCCGAAUGUACCCUUUGUUAAUUUAGACGGCUGGAUGUACUUCCUUGAACAUUAACCUCACAUGCAUAAAUUAACAAAGGCAAUGAAGUCAGCAAAAGUUGGGGAAGGUGUGGUAAGAAUUAUCCACAUCCAUAUGUUAGUGAGUUUUGUUUAGUUUUUUUUUUUCUCGCUUUUCUUUCAAGCUGUGACUACAAAUUAAAACAGCAAUUUUACACAUCAAAGUCUGUUUCCCAGUUAUGGAGAGUAGUGCUUCGGUUAGUAAGUAGUAUCUAGUUUUUUUUUAAAGACCCUUAAGCUUUAAAUUGUGAAAAUGUAACAGUCUACCUAGAACAGCAUGAGCAUAUCAGGGCAGUGAAUUAUGUUUUAGUUCACUGUCAGUUAUGAACUGAAUAUUUUCCAAUAUUGAAUGCAGAGUCACACACAAAACAAGCGCAAGUGAAACAACACUUAUAUUUAUUCAGAUUUUGAAUAUAAUAAUCAAAAAUCUUUUCCACAUCUUUCACAGAGUCCUCUACCAAAUCUGUUUGAGAUGCUAAAUAAUUAUUUUGAAUUUCAGGAGGGUCAGAGAAAAAGAGUAGCACGUCCUCUGCAUAGAAGACUCUCUGUCAUUCACUGGGUGUUCCAUCAGGGCCAGCAAUGGUUGUCCAGUUAAAUCUAAAACCAGACAUCAAUUAAAACAUUACUAAAGUGAAAGUGAUUUCUCAGACAUCAUUCAUGUAAUAAAGGAUUUCAUGUUGGCUGAACUAACCCUGUAAAAUGCUCUUUGUAGCUGCAGUUGCCUAUACUCUGUUUGUCUAUUAGGUACUGGAAUCUACAGUUUCACUUAUUUUCUUUGGUGUGUACAUGUCCUGUUAACAAAGGCAAACUUAGAACAAAAACAAAGACAAUUUUAAGAUGGCAAAAACGGCAGUUCCCCUUGAUGCCACCUGGAUAGUCUGGAUGGUUUCACCACUUGCAAGAAGUCAAUGUUGAGUAUUUAAUGGAGAUUAAUGAUCCUCACAGGCAGCCACACUACAAAGUUCCUAUGAUGCACAGAGCGCUUCUUGUGCACCACUACUGAAUUUAAUCAUUAACCAUUAUUAAACUCUGGCUGUCUCUGCUAUAGUUUUGCUUUUGUCCUGUCUCGCUCUGUUCUCUUCUCAUUCUCCUAACCCCCAAUCAAUCAUUGUAGAUGAGCCUGGUUCUGCUGGAGGGUUCUUCCUGUCAAAUGGGAGUUUUUUCUUCCAUUGUCAUUAAUUGCUUGCUCAUAGAGGGCCGUGUGAUCGUUGGCGUGUCUUUCAAACAUUGUAGGAUCUUUAGCUUACAAUAUUGAGUGCCUUGAGAUGGCCUUUGUUAUGAAUUGGUGCUCUAUAAAUAAAAUUGAAUUGUAAUGCCAGAGUACAUUAAAGAAUAGGAAGAUGCACAAGGCUGUCAGCAUAUGUAAAAACAUAAAAGAAAUAAUUUAGGUGUAUUAAACAGAGGAAAGUGGAGGUUUCCAGAAAAUUGGUCAAAGGUUAUGAAAUGAAGCGGAAAACUGGCAGCUUAUUUUAUAUUUCAAGAAAGUCAAAUCCUCUCAUUUCCCACCAGUUUCAGCAUAAUUUAUAAAUGUAAGAUCUCUUAUGGUUAAAAUCAGACCCUCUUAUGGUCUUUUUAUGGAUCUGCACAGCCUGGAUGGCUGCUUAGGUGAUCAAGGGCUUUUCCAUCAACAUCACAUGGUUUUAAGGAUUAUAGGCUUGAAAAAUGGUGACGCAGCCAUAUAUUUACAUUGAAAAUAACAAGAAGAAAACAAGCCUUAACGUGAACAUAUUGAAUACGUUGCACUGUAGGUAAGUAAUGACAAGGUCAAACAAAUACGUCAUAGACCACAUAGAUUACUUUUUACCACAGAAAGAAAAUUUCUAUUUUUCAAAGCUUAACAGUUCUUUUUUACUUUGUGACUUUAUGAACAAAAACUAAAUGUUUUUUCAUUAGAUCCUGUAGGACCAUGCAGCCAUCAAAGUAGCCCUAUGUAUUGAUUUCACAGAAACAACUGACUUUAGCAUGGAAGAUCCAGUUUAUUGGUUUUCUUACUAGCAUGUCUGUAAUUCUUCUUUUACUCCUGGAUUUUUCUGCCUGAAUGAAGCUGUUACUGGAGAGGAUAAUGGUCAAAUGAGCCAGCUGCCAUUAUAUGGAACGGCUUUAAUGUCAAAUAGCGUCAUUUUGUCGAUUAGAAAUUUUGUCUUGAGAAAUCUUUAGUCUGCUUCUGACGCCAAGCUGGAAAAACUGAAGGAAGAAAGGGAAGCAUUUGCUUUUAAGAUUCAAGAGAUAGCUUAGGCCCUUAACUACAAAGCGGGAUGUGGUUUGAGAGGAAAACUUUCUAACUUUUUUUCCUGGUGACUGCAAAGCAAUUUAAUUUAUCUAUAGCCUUUUGUGUCGUGGCAAAAUCUUCAAAAGAAGCUGAUUAAAGCAGUAAAUCCUUUCAAUUGUUGACUUUGUUCUUUACUUGCUCACAAAUCAUUUACUAGUAAGAAUACAAGUAAUUUACUUUAUUAAUGUAUUAAUCAUUUGUUCCUUUUAGCCUGUAUUGUGUUUUUAAUUUCUUCAUUCUUAAGAAAACAGGUUGUAAUAGAAGACAAACAGGCAGCACUAGAAUGAUCCAUGUCACCGCUCCUUUUAUAUGGAAUUCUUACAUCUAGAAUUGGGGGAUUCUGGGUUGACUUACUGAGCUGAUGACAACUGGCAUAGCCACUUAACAUGACUGCUGACGGGAGGCUUUGUGAAACCAGAUAACAAUAAGAUAUCUUGAGUAUGACUAACUCAUUUCAUAGUAAAGACCCUGAUCAGUGGUAGUACAGGUCUAACAUUUGGGUUGACUUAAAAAGUGCCAGCGAAUGAAUGUAAAUCAGUGCCAUUAGAAAACAACUGUUUUCAUAUUUAGAAUAAAUAAAAGCUAAAUAAAUAUAGUAGAUUUAUAAAGACAUUUUUAAAACAAAGGUCUCGUGAUGCAGAAGGCACAUACGGCUAAACAGAAGCACCACCUGCAGCUGUAAAAGUGAUUUCAUAAUACUAGUGUGCAAUGAUGGCAGUGUGAUGGAGGUAAAAUGUUGCCUAACACACCAUGAAAGCCCCAAAAAGGCCAGUGCACUGCUCUAAUGCAAGAAUACUGACAGAUUUGAGAGGUUAUCUACCUCCAAAAUUCAGGUGGUUACAGAGCGGUGACUAUCUGACCAAUUCUGAUUCUUAUAGGUUUUAGCACAUCUUCAGGUUUUUUAUAAUAGUUUGUCAUUUUAGGAGGAAAACAUAUUUUGAACUAAUGCCACUCAGAUUGCAUGCACAUGUUCUAAAGGAGGUAUAUGAGCACUCUUCGACAAACAGGAAUUGCAUAUUGAGCUGAUUCUUUUUUUUCUCAUACACCUAAUGGACUCAGUGUUCCUUUGGAGGAUUAUGUGUUUACACCCAAUGCAACCAAACCCACCAGUUGCACAUUAUUUGUAAAUGGCCUCACUGCAAACACCUUGCUUGUUAUCUGUACACUGGAGAAGUUGUCUGCCCUGCUAAGCUGAACUUUUGAAUGACAUCACUUGUCAUCAGCCAGUUUUCUGCCUGCUGCUGUUCGCCCUGUGCUGCAUUAGUGCUACCCUUAACAAGCAAACGUCUCAAAUCCGCCCGGUAGCACAGCAAUUUCUGCUAUGAUCUGAAUGUAAAGUCACUGCUCUGUUGAGUCACUGUGACCCCCAGUGAUCACUUCUCAAUGCCACUCUACUGGGCAUGUAUAAAGCUAUGUAAAGCUGCUUGAAAUGUAAAAAUGAAUGUACAAAUAGCUUCACUAUACCUUCUGUAAGUGUGUGUUGGUGGUGUCUACCUCCAAACUGAGAAGCUUGACAGAUUUUUACCGGAAAUGCAGCCAUCUGCUGAAACUGCUCUUUCAUACACAAUGUUGCUGUGCGGUAGAUACUAAAAGAAACGAGUUAUUUGCUGUUACGUAUCAGUAUUUAUUGCAAAAACAGAAAGUUGUUUAUAUUGUUCAUGUUUUCAGGCUGAUGCAUUUUGGUUUGUGGAUGGAAAGUAAUAUAAGAGUUGUUUUAAGAGAAAACAACAGCGCUAAGAGGAUGUUUUUCUUCGUUCAGUCUUGUAAUUGCCUUACUGUUAUUUCCUUUAAUGUUUAUUGCAAGUACUUUGAAAAUGUAAGAUCAAAAAAGUAUAACACAAUGAAAAGUGCUUUGAAUAUUGAUGUAAAACUGUACAUUGUUUUGUCUCCAUUGUAAGUUUAAUUAGUAAAGAAAACAAAUAUUUUGCUAAGUGUACAUCCACUUCCAGUGCAGCAUUUGUGCAGUUUUGCAGAACGAUUCAUUGUUGCUGAUUAUUGUGAAGUGCUCUGUUUUCGUUCCCACAAAAGGCAGCAGCAAGAACACUGAACAUUAUAUGUUCCUGGAUCAAGGUUUAGCUUGUGUUUUGAUUGCUCGUUGUAUGCUUAGUUCUGUGUAUAUGUGCAGUGACACAAUGCAAACAGCUGUGGGAUCAUGUUUCAUGUUCGGUGAUGGCAUGAAGAAAUGUAAACGUGAGCUUCAGUUCAAAUAAGUGAUGUUUUGUUGGCUUAAGAUGACUUAUUUUUAUUGUGUCUGAAUAAAAGCAGAUAGUGAAAUGA